AUGCGAAAACUCGGCGAAAAGAGAGUGACAAGAAUCCAGGCCGCUCAGGUUGCAUUACUCCCCCAGCCGCAAACCCAAAUAGAAGUAUCACCGGUAACGGACCUCAUACCCGGCCCACAACCUCUCCAUCUAGGACCCGCGCCUGGAAAGAGGUCCAUCACUUCCUCAACUUCGGAGCACACCGGCAAGAAAAAUCGAUCGAUGCCACAAAGCCCGCCUCGCCAGGAGACUAUGCAGUGGCGGAGCAUUAUCGGUUCGGGCCUGACAGUCCGAGACGAAUCUCCUUGGGGUACUUUCAGAAAGUACUACGAUUGUGACCUAGCUGGCCCCGUCGCGGUAUGCGUUCGAUCAUCUGGAGACCGCGGUGUCUGGGCGGUGCGCCAGUAUCCGAUUGAGGACGCUGACAAGAUACUGCGGAUCCUCCGCUCCAUGCGCCAUGAGAACCUGGCCUCCAUUCGGGAGUCCUUCCCAGACGAGCAGGAGCUGGCAGCCAUAAUGUCUCAGCUCGUUGACGGGCUGUUAUAUCUCGUGGCGAACAACUUCCAUCACACAUCUCUGGACUGUUCUAGCGUCAUUGUGAAUCUCAAUGGGCAGGUCAAAAUCGGCACGGUAGCACGGAUCGAUUGCUGUGGGUUCCGGCAAAGAGGCAGAGUCGAUGCCAGUGACCUGGUACCAGUCUCGAAAAUUAUGAUGGAAUUGAUGCAGAAAUAUGUCAAGGAAGAUGGGGCAGUAGGACUUGAUAAUCUCGACCGCUGGAGAACCUGCCCGGCUGCGAUCGAAUUUCUCUGCGCAACGACCUCGGCAAGCACUUUUCAGGAGCUGAAAGAACAACGACUGUUGACGGAAAUUCCAUGCCGCCCAGGGAAUCUCAUCGGACUUGCAUGGUUCGCCUUGAUCUCCGCCCGUACAUUCUACUCGUACACGCCAGGGCCCAUGAAGAACGAUUAA